CUCUCUCGCUCUCGACUACUACUGUCGCUUCAUACGCCGCCGACAUGGCAGGAGGUGUGCGGAAAAAGCCUGCGGGUUCCCCGUCCGCAUUGUGGGGGAAACUUAACACUCUGUGGCAGGACAAACAUAUGGUGUUGUUUAAGAGCGAAUACACGUUACUGGUCGUUUCAGUUUUGUGGUUCAUGGAGAUCGGGAUCAAUGUGUGGGUGAUACAGAAAGUAGCAUACACCGAGAUAGACUGGAAAGCCUACAUGGAUGAAGUAGAGGGAGUCAUCAAUGGGACUUACGACUACACCGAGCUUAAAGGAGACACCGGACCGUUGGUGUACCCGGCUGGCUUUGUCUACAUCUUCACUGCCCUCUACUACAUUACCAGCCGUGGAGUAAACAUCCGUCUGGCCCAGUACAUAUUUGCAGCUUUCUACCUCGUCACACUGCUGCUCGUCUUCAGGGUCUACCAUCGCACUAAGAAGGUUCCUCCAUACGUGUUCUUCUUUGUGUGCUGCGCUUCUUAUCGGAUACACUCAAUCUUUGUGCUGCGCCUCUUUAACGAUCCUGUGGCCAUGAUGCUGCUGUUUGCAGCUGUAAACCUCUUCAUGGAUGGACACUGGACUCUGGGCUGCUGCCUUUACAGUUUAGCAGUGUCUGUGAAGAUGAAUGUGCUCCUUUUUGCUCCUGGACUACUUAUGCUCCUCCUGUCCGAGUUUGGUCUUAUCAGGACAAUUCCCAAACUUUCUCUGUGUGCAGUCAUACAGCUUUUGCUAGCUCUGCCUUUCCUCCUGGAGAAUCCGAUGGGUUAUAUGAGCCGGGCGUUCGAUCUCGGCCGUCAGUUCAUGUUCAAGUGGACGGUCAACUGGCGGUUUCUGCCCGAAUGGCUCUUCUUGAACCGGUACUUCCACUUGCUCCUGCUGGCCGUCCACCUGCUAACCCUGCUGCUCUUUGCCCUCCGCCGCUGGAAGAGGCCAGGAGAAAGCAUCUUUGAACUCCUCAAGGAGCCAAGAAAGAGGAAAACACCAGCUCAGAAAAUCCCUGUCGAUCAGAUGGUGCUGAUUCUCUUCAGCUCUAACUUCAUCGGCAUGUGCUUCAGCCGUUCGCUGCACUACCAGUUUUACGUCUGGUACUUCCACACUCUGCCUUACCUGCUCUGGAGUGGAGGAGUCAAGAAGAUGGCCCACCUGCUCAGGGUUCUUAUCUUGGGUCUGAUCGAGCUUUCGUGGAAUACCUACCCGUCCACAGACAGCAGCUCAGCGGCCCUCCACGUAUGUCAUCUCAUCAUCCUCCUCUGUCUGUGGCUGGCGCCGCCGCUGCCUUCCGACCCGGCAGAAACACAAGAACAUCCACCCGUCAAGGACAAGCGCCAGUGAGCCUGAUCGAGCCGGACGUCCUAUUUGGGUUGAAUCAGCUGCUGAACAGCCUCCAUCACCCUCCUCUCUUUGAUCCUCACGCCGCUGCAGGGUGAGGUCUCUGGGAAGGACCGUUUUAGAAGUGAAUAUUAAGGAGCCAUUUAAUGCUUCGCAUCUCAGCUCACAACUAAAAGUGAAGGAACAUGUUGUGGGUGCGGUCAGGAGACGAAUACCUUGCAGUUUAACGUAUGAAAAGAGAAAGGAAAUGGGGAUUCUCAGGUUUCGCUUUCAGAUAUAAGGGUGGAGUGCUAAGAGGAUAUUGAUUUGAUGUAGAACUUGAAUGUAGCACCAAAAGCUUUAAAUGAGUUGCUAUCAAGCCGCGACAUGUUCACUUGUCACAAUAGUUGUAGAACUCGUCAGUAUAAAGCCGGCCAUCUUUCCCAGUGGUUGUAGAAUUUUACGCAGAUGUGUAAAACUUGUCUGAUUUGUUACAUAAUUUAUUCAUCUUCUGUUGCGAGGGGCUCACUUCACUCAUCACCAAGUAAAUUUAUUAGGACGAAUUGACAGUCGAUUGAAACAUGACAUUUUAUAUUAAACAGAGAAGCCACCUAA